GCGGAACACACUUGUUGUCCAGAUUUUGUCAACACUGUGUCCCUUUGCAUCUCGCAUGAAAAAAGUGAGAUCAGACUUCCAUCUCACUUCCAGGCGGGAGUCGGACUAAGCGCCUUGAGGCAAAUGCCUCAUUGCAAGAUCGGGAUCCGAGCUGAACCAAGGCUCCUUGAACUGGCAAUGCGAUCUCAUUGUCCCACCAUCGGCUUGUGCUCACUUUAUGUGGCCAACUCAAAGCAGCAUCUCACCCUCCUCGAAGUACUCUUCCUUUCCACAUGUCAGACCAACGUACCAGCGCAAGUGGUUGCAAGUGGAAAUGCUCGCUCUUGCUGCGGAUGCCACUUCAGCCGACCGGCCGGCUUGCGCUCGAGGCGGUGUCCUGUCGUAAAUUCACAUGCUAUGCCCAGCUCAGGCGAGCCCCCCUCUUCCACGAGGUCCACCUCGCCCGGCUACAUCUCCUCAGGUCGUCGGAGUAAAGAGGUCUACAACCGCAUGCAGUCGCGGGUAUCACAUCUAAACGAAAAGAUUGCUGUACUUGUGGCCAGGCGGGACGAUUGGAAGAAAGCGCAGGUGGGCGAGUCGCAGUCUCGAAGUCAUUUGGAUACAUCCGCGGAUGAAGUGGCCCGAGUAGGCCGAGAGGUAGAGUGA